CACCAACCUCUCUCUCUCUCAUCUCUUGAUCACCACCACGCACUCUUGUCGACAUGAAAGUCGCCAUCAUCGGCGGCGGAGUCUCUGGGCUCUCAAGCCUUUGGGCCCUUGAAAACUUUUCGUCGCACGAGGUUCACCUAUACGAGUCCGGGCCGUACAUCGGCGGGCACACGAAUACCGUCAAUUAUCAACCGCCACCUGCCGCUCACUCUGCAGCGGGCAAGGAGCUAGCUCCUACGCCAGUCGAUACCGGUUUCAUCGUCUUCAAUACCGUCACAUAUCCGAACUUCUUGCGUUUCGUCAAGUAUGUCGGGGCAGAGAUCCUCGAAUCGGACAUGAGUUUCUCGGUGUCCCGAUGGGGGAUACCAAGACUCCCAGAGAGGUUGACCUUCUUUGCUUGCCUGUUCCCUACAAUCAUCUAUUCGGACGGCAAUGAUACCAGCAAGAAGCAGAGUGGCAGUGCAGCUUCGGCUUACGGUCGUCGCUCCUCAGCUCCGCCCUCCCCUUCACGACAAACCCUCUCCCGUCCUGGGGAGCGAGGCAACAAGCCCGUUCGCGGCUGGUUCGAGUGGGCAGGUGGAUCACCCGCAGCCUUGUUCUGUCAGAGUACCAAUCUGCUGAAUCCGAGUCAUUGGAGGAUGGUGUGGGAUAUUAUUCGGUUCAACAAUCAGAGCCUGGAGACGUUGCGGCACUUUGAGGAGACGAGUCGGCGUGGCGGGUCGGGCGAGGGAGAUGAGGGAACGAUUGGGGAGUGGUUGGAUGAGAAAGGGUACGGAGCUGCCUUCAGGCGCAACUACCUCAUUCCAAUGACAGCCUCCAUCUGGUCAACACCUCCCUCCCUCGCCUUCUCCUCCUUCCCCGCCAUCACCCUCCUCCGCUUCAUGCACAAUCACCAUCUGCUGCAAAUUCUCGACAGGCCGCAAUGGCUCACUCUCAAGUCCGGGUCGCGCACAUACGUCGAAAAGGUACUGGCCAACGUCCCCACCAACCGAAUCCACCACAGUGCCCAGGGAGGCGGCAAGGUGACGCGCGUCUCGCGAGAGGGUAAAGAAGGGCAAUGGCGCAUCAAGAGUGCGGAUGGGGCCGAGGAGACAUUCGACCACGUUAUCUUUGCUUGCCAUGCGGACACGACUCUGUCCCUCCUUGAUCCGGUCCUGCCUGCGGAGGACGCAAGGCGCUUCGCCCUCUCACAAUUUGAAUUCAGCAAGAAUGAGGCCGUCCUCCAUGCAGAUGAGCGACUGAUGCCCGUACGCCGUUCAGCCUGGUCCGCCUGGAACUUCAUCGCUGAGCAACAAGCGCAUCCAGCGAACAAAUCCUUACCGAACGGGGCUCUCCCUUCCACCAUUCGCCAAGGACCCACGCAAGACGCAGACCGAGUCGCUCUCACCUACUGGAUGAAUCUCCUCCAAUCCCUCCCCGAAUCGCGACAUGGGCCUGUGCUGGUAACUCUCAAUCCGCCAACAUCCCUUGAAGCUCGACCACGGCAGGAGCUAGUAGCCGCCCGCUAUUCUUACGAGCACCCAGUCUAUACAGCGCGCAGCGUCAAGGCGCAACGUAGCCUCGUUCCGCUGCAAGGACAGGAUGGCUUACACUUUGCCGGCGCAUGGCUCAACUACGGAUUCCACGAGGACGGCUUUUCGUCAGGACUCAAGGUGGCAGAGAAGCUGGGCGCUAAGCUCCCCUUCGACAUUAAGAGUGCAGAGCGGCCCUUGCCAAAGAGGGAUUGGGCUCUUCUGCUCGUCUCCCUCCUCGAAUUCGGGAGGCGUCACCUCCUCGCUCCGCUUGUCUCGACCUUCCUCUACCCGAUUGUGGUGUGGGGCACAAUUCUCCUCGAGAUGGCAGCAAAUGUGGCCUUCUUCCUCGUCAUGCGGGCAAAGGGUGAGAGAGUGAGCGGGCAGCGUUGUGCGAUCAGGAAUGAGUUCAGGAGGGUCAGGGCGGAUUGGGAGGAGAGUCGGUGGGAGGACGAGAGUGGGAAGAGGGUGGGUGGGGGAGGGAUGUGGGCGAGAGAAGGUGCCAAAUGA